CAUGAGAUGAUACAGUCGCUCGCUCUAAACCUUUGGAAAAGCCAUGUCGCUGGAGUCCAAGAUCAAGCAAAUUGAAAAGACGGUGUCUGCUGGGAUUCAUGAGGUGUACUCCGGAAUCAACCGGCCAGACUACGGUGUGCCUCCGAAAUUGGGGGGAGACUCACCGGAACAAAUCAACUGGCUAGUGACGCUUGUGCUGAUUCUUGUUUGCGUAUCUAUUGGUUUGGGUCUACUUCUUGACAACAAUUGCCGCGGCAAAGAAAUGGAAGGACGACCGCGAUAUUGGUCAAUUCUACUUUUGUUGGCGAGCUAUUUGCUGUUGAUUCCAGGAUUAACCAAUCCUGUAUUCAGCUUCAGCAUCGUCAUUAAUAUCAUUGGUCACAGAAAGGUGGUUGAACCAGAAGCAGGUCAUCCAGUUUGCACAGAGACCACCACAGGAUUGGCUGAUUUGCUAUGGAGGACAGGUUCCAAAAUCGGAGCAUUCCUCGUGAUACUCUUUUCUAUGGUCAUACCAGCUAUAGAGCUCAUCAUGCUGAUCCUCGGCGAAACAUUCCGGUUUGCUUCUGCCAGAUGCGCAGAAGUUUUUCGAUGGGUCAUCAUUUGGGUGCAACACCGUUCAAAGUGGGCUUCACCGGACAUGUUUGCAUACGUCCUUCUAGUUGACCUUGUUCGCACUCUGGAGCAUGAUCCGCUUAUUUUGUCAAGAGCGAGGCUUGAGAUUGGAUUCUCCUGUUUCAGUACCUUUGUCAUCACAGCCACCGUCUCUUCCUUGGGAAUCCCACUCCCGCAGGUGAGCCUGGAAAGUAGAGAACAUCCGAGUGCACCCAUGGUUCUUCGCCUUUUUGGUGGAAAAGGUGUCGCUUUUCUAUCGGCUUUGCUGUCGAUUGUGUUUGUGCCUUUGUUCAUCAAGGGGCUGCAAUCUCCCUGUAUGUCUUUUCACAUCGAAACAAAACAGCUCUUUCCGCCUUAUGGGCCUUUGCCAGAGUCCGCAAAGCCUGCGAUCGACAUCCUUGAUCUAAAGAACUUGCUGAAGUCAGAGACUAGCAUCGUGAGCUGCAUACAAGACUACAUCGACAGACUUUCUGGAUGGGAAGCCAACACCUUUGUCUCUCUCGCUUUGCUAAUAGUAUGUGUUGUUGGCAGUACUCUGAUGGACAUGAUAUUCCUGGUGCUUGCCGCAGCGGAGCUUGCAAUCGACCGCCCAGACGGACCAAGCAAGCACCUGGGCCACACUUGGAUUGAUAUGGCGAGGGUGCUUCGAAAGCUAUCCAUGAUGGAUGUUGCAAUGGUUGGUGUCUACUUGGUUACGGUUUGCAUGUCCAUGUACGCAAAGUAUGGUGUGGUCGUGUCGCUUGAGCAUGGUAUGAUGACAUUGCUAGCGGCAGAAAUUGUACAUUCCGUGACUUAUCAUGUAGUUGAAUCCGCCUGCAGCCAUUUGGAGUUGGAGCGAGAACUGAGAGAGGUAGAGCUAGAGCCGUUGGCAGAAGAGACUCCCAAAAUUUCAGGUUGCUGCUCUACAAAGUGGAGAUUGAUGCAAAGUCUCCAUUGAGAGAGGCAAAGGUGCUCUCAUCUAGCCCAGAUUGUGAGAAAACAGCAACUACUAGAGCUCAGAGCAAUGCCUUGGCUCAGAAUUCCAGAAGAGUCUCUUCUCUGUUUGUCAG